GUUCAUCAAGGGCGGAUCGUGUUGUAGUGGAGAUGAGCAGGCGUAGCAGUGGAUGCCAGAGCGGCUCGCCAGGCUCUCCAGCUGCGGAUGAGGAGAGCUGUUGUUUAGCAGGCAGGCGCGCUAGCAGAGCCCAGAGCGGGCUGAUCAUGGCUCUGUCGAGAGCACUCAGAUGUUGUCAGAGGAUUUUCUCCUGGAUUCCCGUUAUCAUCAUCUCAUCUGUGGUUCUCUGGUCUUAUUACGCGUAUGUCUUUGAGCUGUGCUUCGUGACCCUCAGUAAUUAUCUGGAGAGAGUGGCGUAUUUGUUGAUAUUCCAUGUGUGCUUUAUAAUGUUCUGUUGGACCUAUUGGAAGGCCAUCUUUACUCCACCAUCUACACCGUCUAAAAAGUUCCAUUUAUCAUACAGUGAUAAAGAGAGGUAUGAGAUGGAAGAAAGGCCGGAUGCUCAGAAGCAGAUUCUCGCAGAAAUCGCCAAGAAACUUCCCAUCUUCACGCGCGCUCAGUCAGGAGCUAUCAGGUUCUGUGAUCGCUGUCAGGUGAUAAAGCCGGAUCGCUGUCACCACUGCUCCGUCUGUGAAACAUGUGUUUUGAAAAUGGAUCACCAUUGUCCUUGGGUUAACAACUGUGUGGGAUUCUCCAACUAUAAGUUCUUUCUGCUGUUCCUGUCUUACUCCAUGAUCUACUGCGUGUUCAUUGCAUCAACAGUGUUUCAGUACUUCCUCAAGUUCUGGGUGGGAGAUCUUCCCAAUGGCCCGGCGAAAUUCCACGUGCUCUUCCUGUUGUUUGUGGCGCUCAUGUUUUUUGUCAGUCUCAUGUUCCUGUUUGGCUAUCACUGCUGGCUGGUGGCUAAAAACAGAUCCACGCUAGAGGCGUUUUCUGCACCGGUGUUUCAGAACGGGCCUGACAGGAAUGGCUUUAAUGUUGGGCUCAGCAGAAACCUCCAGCAGGUGUUUGGAGAGGUUAAAAAGCUCUGGUUUAUUCCAGUGUUCACAAGUCAGGGUGAUGGGCAUUAUUUCCCGCUGAGGACCCUGCGUGAAUCUGAGAAUCCUUUAUUGGCCAAUGAGGGGAAAUGGAUGGAGGACGGUGAAUCAGAUGAAGAAAGCGCAGAUGAAAAUGGACCUUCAGUCAUUAUUAGGACAGAAUCAUAAUCACUGGAGGGAAUGAAUACUCGUGGGAUCCUGGUUGACUGUAUCAUCAUGAGCGGUUUAAGAACGCACCGAUCCUUGAAUGAGACGACUGCAUUCCAAACCCUGGAUCAUUCCAGAAAAGACUGUUUUUAGAGAGCCAAAUAAUAUUGGGAAGAGUGAGGAUUUUCUUGUAAGGCUGAUUACUUAGAACUCGUGCUGAAUGUUAUCAAGUGUAUUGCUCAUCUUUUAUGAAAAGGAGAGUCACGGGACAAUCACCGGCAUUUCCAGAUGUCAUAGACCUGUUGGACUGUUUACUAUCAUGCUUUGAUGAGAACAGAUGGACAUCUCUGAUGAAAUAUGACAUGCCAGUAUCUUAGGUGGAGGUAUUUCUAGGAUCUUUCCUUUAUUUUUAUUUUUUUUUCACAUAGUGGGAUAAAUCUUUGAAAACUUGGACAUGUCCAGAUCAUACUUCACCCCAAAAACAAAGUGAGAUUAAAUUAAGCCUGUUCAUGAACACAUUAUUUUUAAUACUUGUAUAUAAAAACCUGCGAAAAUGCAAAAGUUGUAUUUAUUAUGUGUAAAUUGUGAAGCAAUUAUACCUUUUGCUAGUAUUUGCUAUCCUACCUUUAAUCUCGAAUUAAAAGCAGCGCGGUAUAUAAAUAAUCAAAUAACAAUAAAAAAAAAAAAUCUGUAUAGCAAUAAUGAGACUUUAAUAAGAACUUUAACUUACAGCAAAACUACAAAUUAAAAUAUCUGGAUGCAUUACAGUAAUGAGAACUGGAGGGGAAAUGUGCUUAAUUAUAAUAUCUCCAAAUAAAACAGGUUUCUGUUUAUCAUGCACAAUAUAAUUCCUUUUAUGAAUUCCCUUUUUCUUUUGAUUUUGGGGUGAAAUGUGACAUGGACAUGUUUCGAGACAUUCAUCCAGUUCAAACAGAGAGCCCUUCCUGUCUCUUUGUGUGUGUGUGUGUGUGUGUGUGUGGAUGUGGGUGUGUGUUGCCACCAUUAAUACAAGUCUCCAUACUGAGUUGGUAAGAAGUCAAUCCUAUGCAUUUCUCCUCUGUAUAUCACUGUCUUUGGCUGACAUUUUUAUUGAGCUUAUUUUAAUCCUCGAUGACUGAUUCAGACUCUGACUGUUUUCCUGUGGCCAAUAGCGAGCAGUCUGGAUUUCUUUUGCAUUGUGAUACAAUAUAAAGACAUUUUGAUACCUCUCUCUCUGUACAUAUUUAGGAAGAGACUGCUGAGGUCAGUAUUGUUUAAGACUUGUAAAACCUGGUAUAAGAUAUGUAUAAUAUAUUACCAUAAAACCCAUAAACACUUGAGGCUGUUUUCAGAUGAUGAGGCUGUCCUGUGAAAACUAUUGCCUUGUUUUCCUCUAGUGCAAAAAUAGAUAUGGCAUCGCAGUAUCGUAUUGUAUUGUAAGUGGGCGAGUAAUCCUUUUGGAUUUGAAGUUGGCCAGUUUUGAAAGGUACGUUUGAGUCCUGUUUUUGUGGCCCUCUUCAGAUACUGUAAUUGUCUGCAUAAAUAAUUGAUCUGCCUAUCGUAUGGUUCUCACUCAUGAGGAUCCUUACUAGCCAAUGCUUAUUGUUUGAUUUGCACUGCCCAUAAUCUGAGGGCGAUCAUUGCUUCCUUCGAGUGUGUAUGCGCUCAAACACUUUCCUUUAACUCCAUAUCCACUACAUGUUUAAGUCUUUACAUGCCAAUGUUUUUCCAAUGGUGCAAAAUAUGUAUUGUUUGAAAGUUAUGUCUGAUGAUUAAAUGUCAAUAGUCUUUAAAUACUUA